AUGGCUGAUUUCUACUUCACUAUGAACCGUGAUCAACCGUUAAGAAAGCUUAUGCUCGCGUUCUGUGAGCGUCGGAAGCAAGGUGAUUACAGGUCUCUCAGGUACCAUCUGAACGGUGACAGGAUUCGUGGCCACCAAACUCCCAACGAGCUUGAACUGGAAAAUGACGAUGUUAUUGAUGCUUGGAUUGAACAAAUGGGUGGCGCUGGCUUCUCCUGGUGUCUAAAACAUGAAAGCUUAUUGUGGAGUAGCAUAUGCCAAUUAAAAAACGUAGGAGUAAAAGACUUGAAGGUUUCUCAGCCUACGCCUUUUGAUGACCAGGUUAAGGUUAUGUCUUCCUUAGAAAACGUAAAAGAAUCAUAUUUUGAUAAAGAUGGUUGUACAGUUGUCGAAAGAUUGGAGGCUGUGGGAAACCAGGUUCCUUAG